CACUGCUGGGCACAGGUAGGUGGCACUUCUGGGCACAGGUGUGUGGCACUGCUGGGUGGCACUGGUGGGUGCACUGCUGGGCACAGGUGGGUGCACUGCUGAGUGGCACUGCUGGGCACUGAUCAUCAGUGCCCUGAUGAUCGGUGCCGAUCCCUGCUCUGACAACUGCCGGUUCUCGGCAGUGAUCAGCGUGUCAUUGGACACGGCUGAUCACGUGGUAAAAGGCCGCUGUGAUUGGCCUUUUACCACAUCACGUGAUCAGCUGUGUCCGACUGUAGGACACAGGUGAUCACGGAGAUCGCCAAGUGCAU